UGAUCAGCUGUGUCCAAUCACAGCUGAUCACAUGUACACAGAUCAUCAGAGCACUGAUGAUCAAUGUGCCCUGAUGAUCUGUGUAGCCCAACAGUGCCACCUGUCAGUGUCCAUCAGUGCCAGCUCUCAGUGCUCAUCAAUGCCACCUGCCAGUGCCCAUCAGUGCCACAUUUCAGUACCUACCAGUGCACAUCAAUGCCACAUAUCAGUGCCCACCAGUACACAUCACUGCCACAUAUCAGUGCCCAUCUGAGCUGCCUUUUAGUGUCACCCAUCAAUGCCAGUCAGUGCCGCCUAUCAGUGCCAUAUAUGAGUGCCGCCUUUCAGUGCCACCUACCAGUGCCCAUACCAGUGCCAUAUCUGCAGCCUCAUUAGCGCACAUCAGU